AUGUUGCACUCUGUGGAUGUUAUCGUCUGGGAUGAGAUUUCCAUGCAGUCUCGCUUUGCUCUGGAGUGCGUAGAGAGGCUUUUACGCGACGUCGCUGCACCAUCGCUCAGGCAUACUCCCUUUGGUGGUGUCACUAUUGUUUUGGGAGGCGUUGGUGGGAAUUCACAUGAAGAUGGGGAUCUUGUGAUCCCGCGUUGUAUGUGUAUGAGCUCUGAGAACGAAAUCAUCAACUGGAUUUACACGUCUGAACUGUUGCAUGAUUCGUCUGCGCUUGCGAAAGCUGCGUUAUUGACGGUGCGGAAUUGUGAUGCAGAAGAACGCAAUAUCAAAGUCUUGGCAAAACUUCCUGGCGAAACCGUUGAACUAAUUGGAAUCGAUACACCAUCUGUGGAGGAAGACGGUUUGGAUGGUCUUCCAUGCGACAACGAAGAGUACUUUCACAAGCUCAUGCCGGCGGCGUUACCACCCACAUUUUGCGCGUCAAGCCUGGCGCAAUACUUGUGCUGCUAA